AUGGGAGUGACGGAGGAGCUUCGAUGGGCCGCCGCGAAACUAGCGAGCUUGGGCAGACUGGCGGUGGACCUCGCCGUGAGUGAAUCCCUCAAAGGUGGAAUGCAGGUGUACGCGAUUGUGAAAGGAAAGCCGAAAAGUCAACCGCUGUCUGACAAAUCUAACAGCAAAAACGAGAAAAAUCUUGUUCUAGUGCAAGAAAUGCAAGCCAAGCUGGGAAAAAUGCGAGAAGAUAUGAACAACAUAACGCAACAAAGUGAGGUUUCGGCUCUUAGAAAGAGUGAACAAGAACACCCAAAAUCAUCCUUUGAUGACCCUCUCAAGAGCUUGAUGCCUGAGCCAACUGGUCGGAAGAAAGAUUUUCAUUCGCUCACGUCUAUAGAAAACACGGACAAGGAAUAUGGAUCAUAG